GAAUAUUUAUAAAUCGUGUCAGUUUCAACAUGGCGGGCUAAGGUGUCUUUUAAAAACUGAAAAUAAAGGUUUUGAGGAACGUCUUCUUACAGGAUGAAAUAGGGAGCAGAAGAUAGUUUUCCUUGAAUGGAGAGCAGCGUGUCUUUGAUUUCCACCAUGCAAGAGACUUCCCAUUUGUCAUUGGAGAAAUGUAGCAGUCCAGCGAAUGGUAACAAUGAAUAUGAUUCAGAUGAAGGUUCAAGCAUGGAAGAUCCUGACUUUAAUUGGGGUGAAUAUUUGGAAGAAACAGGUGCAAUUGCUGCCCCUCAUACAUCAUUCAAACAUGUUGAGAUCAGCCUCCAGAGCAGUUUCCAGCCUGGGAUGAAGCUAGAAGUGGCCAACAAGAACAAUCCUGACACGUACUGGGUGGCGACCAUCAUCACAACUUGUGGCCAGCUCCUGCUGCUGCGGUACUGUGGCUAUGGAGAGGACCGCAAGGCUGACUUCUGGUGUGAUGUCAUGACGGCCGACCUCCACCCGGUGGGAUGGUGCACACAGAACAACAAGGUGCUGCUGCCCCCAGAUGCCAUCAAAGAGAAGUACGCCGAUUGGACGGAUUUUCUCAUACACGAUUUGACCGGCUCUCGAACAGCCCCCGCCAAUUUACUGGAAGGUCCUCUGCGAGGGAAAAACCCUGUAGACCUCAUUACAGUUGAUUCCUUAAUAGAACUUCAGGAUUCUCAGAACCCCUUUCAGUACUGGAUAGUUAGUGUGAUUGAAAAUGUUGGAGGAAGAUUACGCCUUCGCUAUGUGGGAUUGGAGGAGACUGAAUCCUAUGACCAGUGGUUGUUUUACUUGGAUUACAGACUUCGACCAGUCGGUUGGUGUCAAGAGAAUAAAUACAGAAUGGAUCCACCUUCAGAAAUCUAUUCUUUGAAGACAACAUCUGAAUGGAAAUGUGCUCUGGAAAAAUCCCUUAAUGAGGCCGCAAAAUUUCCUCUUCCAAUGGAAGUGUUCAAGGAUCAUGCGGAUUUACGAAGCCAUUUCUUCACAGUUGGUAUGAAACUGGAGGCAGUGGAUAUGAGUGAGCCCUUUAAUAUCUGUCCUGCAUCAGUGACUAAGGUUUUUAACAAUCAUUAUUUGCAAGUGACUAUUGAUGAUUUGAGACCAGAAGCUAAAAAAAUCUCAAUGCUGUGCCAUGCGGAUUCCUUAGGGAUUUUACCUGUACAGUGGUGCCUUAAAAAUGGAGUCAACCUCACACCACCCAAGGGUUAUGCUGGCCAGGACUUUGACUGGGCAGAUUAUCAGAAACAGCAUGGUGCUGAGGCCGCGCCUCACUUCUGUUUCAGAAAUACAUCAUUCAGCCGUGGAUUUACAAAGAACAUGAAGCUCGAAGUCGUGAACCCCAGGAACCUGGGGGAGCUCUGUGUUGCCUCCGUGAUCAGCGUGAAGGGAAGGUUGAUGUGGCUUCACUUGGAAGGCUUGCAGCCUCCUGUUCCAGAGUAUAUUGUGGAUGUAGAGUCUAUGGACAUCUUCCCCGUUGGCUGGUGUGAAGCAAAUGGGUAUCCUUUAACUCCACCCCAUAAAGCUGUUUUACAAAAGAAGAGAAAGAUUGCAGUUGUACAACCGGAGAAACAAUUGCCGUCCACAGUGCCUGUUGAGAAAAUACCUCAUGAUCUUUGUUCCUUUCCUCAGCCAGACACCACAGGUACUGUCAAUGGGAAAUACUGCUGUCCUCAGCUUUUCAUCAACCACCGGUGUUUCUCAGGCCCCUACCUGAACAAAGGAAGGAUCGCCGAGCUACCUCAGUCCGUUGGACCUGGCAAAUGUGUGCUGGUUCUUAAAGAGGUUCUUAGCAUGGUAAUUAAUGCAGCUUACAAGCCGGGAAGGGUAUUGAGGGAACUACAGCUUGUGGAAGACCCACAAUGGAAUUUCCAGGAGGAGACCCUGAAAGCAAAGUAUAGAGGUAAAACAUACAGGGCAGUUGUCAAGAUUGUACGAACGUCUGACCAAGUAGCAGAUUUCUGUAAGAGAGUUUGUGCCAAGCUGGAAUGCUGUCCAAAUCUGUUUAGUCCUGUUCUGGUUACUGAGAUCUGCCCAGAAAACUGUUCUAUCCAUACCAAAACCAAAUACACUUAUUAUUAUGGAAAGAGAAGAAAAAUUGUUAAACCCCCAAUUGGAGAAAACAAUACUGAAAUUGGGCCCCCAAAGCCCACUAGACGAAGGAAACGACGGAAAUCCAUCUUUGUGCAGAAGAAGAGACGAUCCUCUACGGCAGAUUUCGCAACAGGAUCAGCAGAGGAAAGUGAAGAAGAGGACGUGGAUGCCGUGGAAGAGGACACCGGGAGUGAGGAAACCAGCUCAGAACUCCGGGAUGACCAGACUGACACGUCCUCAGCUGACGUCCCCUCCACCCGGCCCAGGAGGGCUGUCACCUUACGCAGUGGCCCAGAGUCAGAGCGGCCCCCACCUGUGGAGAGGGCCCGGAGGAGCCGCAAAGCCCAGGCAUUCUCCUGCACAGAAGGAGAGCGAUGCACUCAAGUCAAACAAGAGAGGCUAGAGGAAGUAAAACAUGAAGAGGAAGAGAAACUUGUCCUGGAGAGUAACCCCUUAGAAUGGACGGUAACAGAUGUUGUGAGGUUUAUUAAACUGACAGAUUGUGCUCCCUUGGCCAAAAUAUUUCAGGAACAGGACAUCGACGGCCAAGCGCUCCUGCUGCUGACCCUUCCCACGGUGCAGGAGUGCAUGGAGCUGAAGCUGGGACCUGCCAUCAAGCUCUGCCAUCAGAUCGAAAGAGUUAAAGUUGCAUUCUAUGCACAAUAUGCCAACUAAGUCUAGCCCCUCUCCACGAGGAGGAUUCCUCUGUGGGGGAAGAAGGGCCCUUUGCCGAUAGACUUUCUUCUGCCUGCAGACAUGUGAAAUCGAAGCACUAAGGAAAAUCUCAGUGUGAGAAAGACCCAGACUGCUUAACCAGCCUCUGACCCCCACAGAUUUCUUGAAGAUGUCUCUGUUUUAGAAGCACACUGACCUCUCCCAGCCACCGCUUUGUGAGAGCAGAACUUGCUGUCUUAUGUUGUGGCAUCCCCACGAUACAGCAGAAGCGUAGGGAACCUGGCUCCCUCUUUCCCACCAAACCCACGGCGCCUUCUCUCAUUAGGGCAUCCUACUCAUUUCAAGAAAAAGGUUAGGAGUUGGUGGUGUGUUUAUUCAGCAGUUAUGUGGGAUAAGGACUAGGCAACUUUAAAAAAAAAAAAGCUACAAAUAAGCCUCAAACAGAUUUGUCCACACUUCUUUCAUAUUGAAAUGUGUAUGAUUGCAAUUUCAAGUGAC